GGAUAGUAUUCCAAAUUGGUCGAGAAGAUAAGAAUUUGACCUUAUUUUUUUCUUAUUUGGACAGAGCUAGUGCCUAAUACUAGGACCAUGAAACUUUUAACGGAAUUUAUAUCAGUUCUUUUAAUUGGUUAUGCAGUACAUUCUGCAACUUCAUUUAAGACUGAACGUGGCGUGUACAGAUUUACCAUAGAACUGCUCAUCGUUGCUGAUUAUAGUGAAUUCAACAAGUGGUACCAACUGACGUCAGCCUCGUUGUCACAUUCUCAACGUGUAAACGAGGCUACCGAGAAAGUGAAACAGUAUGCUGCGGCUCUCAUACAUUCAAGUAAUAAUGUGUACAGAAGUCUCGAGUUGCACAGUAUAUACAUAGACAUCAAGCUUGUUGACGUCCUCGUCAUGACCACACCGUCUAGCUCACCAUGGACGGAAACAGUUAAGGUACCAGCAGGGUCAACUUAUGACGUGGAUCCGACCAGGGUUUUACCUAUAUUUCAACCAAAGUCUGUAGAUCUUCAGAAAACAAUACCUCAUGACCACGCCAUGAUUCUAACAAAGUAUCCUUUGUACCAUGGUGGAGGAUCUACAUUCUCAGGGUAUGCGUACACUGACGCAGAAUGUAAGGCCAAAAGUGUCUCAAUAGUACAAGACAACGAAGACUUCUACACCGCCCAACUGAUUGCCCACGAAAUAGGCCAUAGCCUUGGGUGUCAACAUGACGGAGACGGAAACUCGUGCCCAACUGGUGCCGGGUAUGCCAUGGAGGCCGGUUUUAUUCUAGCCAACAAAAAGAAAUGGUUUUUCUCUGAUUGUUCACUGACGUCUAUUUGGGGCUACCUAAUGAAUUUAAACAGGAACCAUACGAACUGCAUGAAAGUUAUCGACAACAAUCACCCAGAUACACACGUGGCAACUGCGACACAUGAAUGGUACGGUCAAGUAUACACAUGGGAUGAACAAUGUCAAAUCCAUUAUGGCCCUACUUCGUAUCUCUGCAGGGAUCAGUAUCACGGUAGCUAUGACAACGUGUGUUUGAAGAUGUUCUGUUACGAUCCAAAGAAACGAGCGUGUUACUAUCUUGAUGGAGGUGAUGGAAGUCCAUGUGGUACUGGCAAGUGGUGCAUGUCAGACGUGUGUGUAACCAACUCUGCCAGUCAAUUAAAGAACAUAGAUGAUGCUUGUGUAGCCGGAGACCAACCGGGCGUUGUUUACAAUGGACGAACCUGUCAACAAAUAGGAACCAGUCACCAUAGUGACUGCAGUCAUAGUUCUGUCAAACGCAAGUGCUGCUACUCUUGUUCAACUACACAUCAUGGUGUGACAUCACAUCCGGUUACCUCCGGCCACGUGACAUCGGCACCAGUGACCUCGGCACCGGGAACCACAUCGGGUACUGACAUUGACAGACAGUGUGCUGCAAAACAUGGAACUGGAUCGUUUAUGUGCAGGGGAGCAAAAUCGUACAGUGGAAAAACUUACCAAGACACCGUUUGUUGGGAUUUACAAUGUCACGAUCCUAACAGGGACAAUUGGUGUCUCUCUUCUAAGGCCGAUGACCGAACAUCUUGUGGUAACCAAAAGUGGUGUCAAAAUGGUGUUUGUGUUCAUAAUAGCGCUGCUCCAGCUGUCCCAGACAAUUGUCCGUGGGGUAAUCAGAAAGGCGUGGCAAUAUACGGCAUGACAUGUGAUGAAUUUAAACAACCAGAGAACCAUUGGCGUUGCUAUGACAACUUCAUUGCUAAGAUAUGCUGUGAUGCAUGUAACUCCGUGAAGAGAAAUGUGCGAGGAUGUGAAUAUGGAGAUAAAAGCGACUGGUGUCAAUCGAACAUAGCCCAUUCAGCUGACAGACGUAAUUGUUACUAUGGUCAUAAUACAGAUCUGUGCUGUGAAUCUUGCAACAAGUUUAAGAAUGCAGCCCAUGUUGGUUGUGAGUAUGGAGAUAGACAGGACGCCUGCUUGUCAUAUAGAUGUCACACUUACAGCGCAGACACUACCCAGAAAUGUUGUGAAACAUGUAGCCCUGUAACUCUUAUUGGCUAGAAAAUUAAAAUCAAAUAAAUUUUGUUUAACCAA